AUGGCUCCCUCCGAUGAUAUCCGGGUCGGCGACCAGGUGAAUGUCCCCGGAGGCAUGUAUGGUACAGUACGAUUUCUGGGAGUCGUGGAUGGGAAGCCAGGUCGGUUUGCAGGAAUUGAAUUGGCCACCGAACAUGCUGCCAGGGGAAAGAACAAUGGAGAUGUCGAUGGACGAAGCUAUUUUAACACGAGCGUUCCCGGUGCUGGCAUCUUUGUGCCCAUCAAUAAUUCGAAAUAUGUCACCAAGAGAAACGUCGUCACGCCUCCAACUCCGUCUCGUCCGUCUGUGGUGACCAAUUUCAGUAAAUCCGUCGGUCCACCGUCAGUGGCUCGCCCCAAAGUGCGCCGUCCAUCUCUUCCUCGCCCGGAAUCCCCACGAAGUGCACCAUCGACAAAAUUGAACUUUGGUGCCCUACGCAGUCCAUCUGCUACUGUUCCCAAGCCAAUGUCGGCCAGUUCACUAGGUCCUAACGGCUUUCCACGUAGCCCUCAGAAGCCCUCUUCAAGAUUGUCGAAUCGACCUUCUUCUAGACUUAGCGUGGACGAGGACGAUAUGCCUGUAUUGGCUAGGUCGACCAUCGGGAGACCAAGCAGUGGUGGUCGUGGUGCUAGUAACCAGGAGAUACAAGGACUACAAGAGAAGAUCAAGUCGCUAGAACAGGAGCUUCAAGCACGUGAUAGGCAACUCGACGACCAAGCCUCUGUCCUGACGGAGUUGCAGCAAAGCAUCACGGAACUGGAAGGACAAGAUGGGUCUUCAGUCCGGGCGCAGCUACGAGAAAAGAACGAAAAGAUUGCACAGCUUACGGCAGAAUUCGAUAGUCACCGCGCGGAUUUUAGAAGCACCUUGGACACUCUCGAAGUGGCAGCCACGGAAACGGAAAGGGUCUACGAAAAGCGCUUAGACGAGCUUAUGCAACAGAAUCGGGAACUACAAGAUCGUGGUGAAGACGUGGAGGCGGUUGCCCUGCAGUUGAAACAACUGGAAGAGCUAGUUUCUGAAUUAGAAGAGGGUCUGGAAGAUGCGCGACGAGGUGAAGCUGAAGCGCGCGGUGAGGUAGAAUUCUUACGUGGCGAGGUAGAACGAGCACAAUUGGAACUGAAUCAGGAACGGGAAAAGUCAGCCGCUGCACUGAAAGAUGCCGAAGGCCGGUGGAACAGUCGCGAAUUAGAACAAAAAGACGACGAAAUUCGAGGCCUGAAAGCAAUCAUUCAUUCACUCAGCCGUGGCGACGUUAACCCGGCUAUGUUCAUUACAAAUGGAACAGGUGAUUCGAGUUCCGAUACUGGACGUAUUUCUGAGCUGGAAGAGCGAAUCAAGGAGCUUGAAGGCGUUGCGGAGAUUCGGUCGAAUCGUAUAGAUGAACUGCAGAGAGAGCUCGGUCAAAGUCGUAGCCCUCUUGGUCGCGACUCCCCCGGCCGAAACUCGCCAGCACGCAACUCUAUAGGAUGGAAUUCCCUCGGACGAAACUCGAUGAAUGGAUCGAGGAGUCGAAGCGGCACUGUUACUAUUGCUCCACUAAGACAGAUGAAAUCGUCUCAUUCUGCCAGAGGAAGCCGCAGUAGCAACCCUGUAAGUCACGGGCAUAGCCUGUCGGACAGGACCGUGGUGCCCAAUGAUUGGCAGGAAACAAAUGGCAGUGGUGAGCAAGGUCCUCUGCCGGUCAGCCCAUACCGAAAUUUCUCCAAUCACCAGGACGAUAACGAUGACCUGCGUGAUUCUGAUAACCAGUCCUCUGAAAGUGGCUCGCUCUGGUGUGAAAUCUGUGAGACCAACGGCCACGACAUCCUUACCUGUACGACGUUUGGUACAAACACAAAUGGUACUGAUUCCAGUCACCAGCAAUAUGAGCACAAUGACAAUGGAUUUGAAAAACCUCACGAGGAGACCGCGUCUCCGACAGAAAUCCCAGCGAAGAAGGAAUCACCGGUGAUUGCCCACCAACCUGAAGAGAAACCCCUCUCAGAGCCUGUGGAGGUUACCUCUCCUUCAGUUGAGGGUUUGAAAGGCAUGUCAUCUUCGAUGGGACCUGUGGCGGGCAAAGCUUCAGGAAUCAUUGACGAAAGCAAGUGGUGCGCAUUAUGUGAGCGAGAUGGACACGAGAGUAUUGAUUGCCCUUUCGAGGAUUAA